AUGUAUCCAUACACAUAUAAACGAUAUAAUGAACUUUCUAAAUGUCACCCUUAUGAAUUUUAUUUUUUACAUUUGUUUUAAAAUAUGGAUAAUAGUUCAGAUACUCCCCUCACUCAUAGUGUUUUUCGUAAGCCUCUCAAUGUUUACCUCAUUCCUACCAGUUUAACAGGUUUCUUUUAGCCAGGAAUGACUUUAAGGACAUAAUUGUUGGCUGUGCAAAAAAAUGUAAAAUCAAAGUGUUUAGUUGAAUAGUCAUAUAUAUGUUCAAAUAUGAUGCUGCAUGUAUGUAUGACAAUCAAUAUUUUUUCAACAAUUAGUAACCCCCUCUCCAUCUUUUGCCCCAUGUUAGGGAGCCUUUAGCUCAAAUGUGGAGUAAAAGACCCCCGACAUGAGGCAAAAAAGGGGGAUAAGGCUUUAAUUUUUGAUUAAUGCACCUUUAACAAAACAGAAAAAGUAUUUUAUCUCAGAAUACACAACAUAUCCUAAUAGCUGCACAAUUAUAUUUUUUCAUCACACAGAGUCAUUCAAAUUUCUUGUGCUGUGAUUAUACAAAUAGGCUACCCCAAAACACUAAUUUCCAAACUUUGCGGUGUCUUGUUGGCUUUAUAAAUCCGCAUGUGGGUAGCACUGCCGUUUGCAGAUUUAAAUAUUAGUCGAUAGGUGGCGCUAUAUCUCAUGAUCAAUCUCACUAUAUGGUAACCACAACAGUGUUUGUGAUCUCAAUUCCUUAGAGCAAUGACAAGUGGGUGGUACUGUAGCGGAGAACAAAAAAGAUGAAGACAUAAUGCAACAACAACCCAAGGAUGAAUAGGCUAUAAAAAGCUUUUUUUCAUCAUAUAUGCCUUGCUUGCACAGUUUCCCUACGGAAUAAAGUUCAAAAUGGGCAUUAAAAACAACGGCAACUUACAGAACAGCUCGCGGGGGAUGAUUUAAUUCAAGGACUUUUCGCAUUUGCGUAAACGGAAAUCAAAUAUUCACUUUUAGUUCUCCAAGAACAUAAAACACGGUAUGCGAAAUCACAGCAUGCGCUACGAGGACAACGCGUCUCUUUCUUUUCUAAGUAAAGUCAGCUUUUUUGCGUGAAUUUUUUUAUUUAUUUUAUUUUUUUAAGCGAAUGGAAUCUUGUUGUGGAGGACGCGUUGAGAUAACGAAUUUAUUGAGCGUCUAUUCAUUCAGAAAAUGAAGAAUCAAACAGGAUACUGUGAAACAACAGGCAGUGAGCGGUUCAUGAUGAGCAACGUUAAAAUGGGUACCGUGUUCAAGGGUCACGCAGCGGCAGCGCAGAAGGAGCGUCUCCCGCCCGAAGGCGCUGGCUCUUCAGCAUAUGAUUCCCAUGCAGCACCUUGGACAGGGUUCGCAAGCUCCUUCCCGACACCCCUCACCAACUCUCUCCUACGGUCAAAAUGGUCCAAAGAAUCAUUAAACGGCUACCCCCCUGAAUACAACUCCAUCAAGUCCACCGGGACGAAAAGAGAGACGUUAUUCGACACAGGACAUAUGUGCAAAAAGUGCAUCUCUCAUUUCAACGUCUUCAAAAGGGAAGCGUUAAAACAAGUAUCUGACGAAAAUCUUUCUACUAAAGAUCCCAAAAUCUUCAUUCAUCUUUAUGAGAGCAUGAAACCACCUGCUAGUACUGUAGAAGCCUGGGGCAAUGCGGACGGACGCUGUGGCGUCUGCUCCACUCACUUUAGCCAGUUGAAGCAGGAGGCUAUCCGCACGAUCCUCACCCAGGACCGGGCCAUAUGGGCUCCACCUACCGCUGCCAACAUCCCAUCCACAAGCCUAGACUCAGGCUCAAAAACGCUCCCCAGAACAUCAAGCCACCGAUCUGUUGUCUCAGACCCCCAUCAGAGGCCUAGCAAUGCAGCACCGGAUUGCUGGAUUAAAGGACGUCAGCAUUUGGAGGCCCUGUGGCCCCUGUCCUCAUGCAAAGGAAACAAUUCAAUGUCUCAAAAGUCCUCCCAGAGUCCUUUGCAUGCAGGGAAGGUGAAUGAAAAGGAGAAUGUGACCUCUACAGCACUGUGCAACUACGGCGCCACACAGCCAACGCGUUCUUCCAGUAUGUCCUCUCUGCUCCCUGCAGGAACAUCUGCUGCCUUGUCUUUCUUUGUCAGGGCAGCACAGAAGUUGAACGUAAUGGUUAGAAGAGGAAGGCACUUCUCAGAGAGCAGUGCUUCCCAACGCAUGAUGAACUUCAGUAGUCUUAUGCAGAAAUCUCCUCCUCUAGCACCAGCAAUCAUUUUUCAAGCUGCUAGUAAGAGCAAGGAAACACCUGGGAUGGGAAAGGUCAAAGUGAUGCUGCGAGUAUGUUCGGUUCCUGUGUCUGACCCAUCUCAGUCCUACUCUUUCAAACUGGACCUGCAAAAGAAACAGAUCACAGUGCUGAAUGUACCCACCUUCAACCCUCAGAGACAGACUGCUGGAACUACAGUCUCCUCAAAGACCUUCACCUUUGAUGCUGCCUUUGGCCCUGAUUCAACCCAGGCAGAAGUUUGUGAGAACAGCUUGUGUGAAGUGCUGCAGUGUGUGCUUGCAGGAGCUGAUGGUUGUAUCCUAAGCUUCGGACAAACCAAUGUGGGAAUGUCUUACACAAUGAUUGGCCACGAUGGCUGCACUCAAAGCCUUGGAAUCAUUCCUUGUGCUAUAUCUUGGCUUUUCAAGCUCAUUACCAGGAAGAAAGACAAGACAUGGGCAAACAUCUCAGUUUCCGUGUCAGCUGUAGAGGUCUGUGGGGAAAAGAAUGGCAUCAGGGAUUUACUUGCUGAUGUUGACACGGGCAACUGCAAGGAGACCUAUAAACCAGAUGCUUACCUCAAAGAGGACCCCGUCUGUGGAGUACAACUCUGCAACCACAGUGUACUUAAUGCUCCAACUCCAGAAAGAGCAGCUUUCCUACUAGAUGCAGCUCUUGCAUCUCGCAGUGGCAUGGUGGACAGUGGAGGGAGACCACCACAUUGUUGUCACAUGUUCUUCACCCUACAUGUUCGCCAACAGCACAUAGGAAGCAGUACCAAAUCUGGGAUGAAUGUGGAUCAAAGCAAGCUGAGCCUGAUCGAUUUAGGGAGCUGUGUGGGGGAGAGGGAAGGAAGCAACUGUGGAGUCUGCCUCGCUGAGCUUGGAAACUUUAUCACGGCCAAUCUCAACAGACAUAAUCACGUCCCAAAUAGGGGAAGUAAAUUAGCCAUGCUUUUGCAAGACUCUCUGAGCAAUGUCAACUGCUCCACCACAAUUAUUGCCCAUAUAUCCACCUUGUCUGAGGACCUUACAGAAAGCCUUUGUACGAUGCAGACUGUGACUCGAAUGCGAAGGCAGAAAAAGAAGAUAAGGAAAUCUUCCUCAAGCUCGCCUGGAGGAAGAAGCUUAGGCAACGAGAGGAAAUGUAAUAAUUCCACCAAGCUGAGAUUCCAAUCUACGGGAACACUGGAUCAAGAUCUCUCCUCUCCUGGUUUCUCUAGUGAUCCAGUAUUUUACCCUGGGAGUGAUAAGUCUUGUGAUACCAUUAUCUCUAUGGAUCCUUCUGGCCUCCUAGAUAAAGAGGUUACAAAUAGAAGCAGAGAGGUUUUACCUAUUAUUCCAUCCUUACUCAAGAGCAAAUUGGAGUCCAAAAAGCUCUCGCUGAUGAAGUUUUGUGAAAUCUCUCCACCAAUUGCCAAUCGCAUGAAGCAGAUAUCAAAAGAAAAGACUAAAGAAGAGUUGACACCAACAAUUUUGCAAGAUAAAUCAGAUUUUGAGUGCCUGAAGUGCAACACAUUUGCAGAACUCCAGAAUCGACUGGGAAACAUAGACGGAACAGAGUUGGAUCUAUGCAAAGAUCAGGAAGUGAACACUAUGAGCAAAUCACCUCGCUUGAGCCAAACCAAAAAGAAAUCCAAUUCAUUGGACAUUCAAGCAUUAAACAACAGAGAACCCAAUAGUACCAGACAAGGAAACUCCUCAAAAACAUUUGCCAUAAUUCACAACAGUGAAGAAAUUCCAAGUACCGCCAAUUCACAGAUUAUUCAGCCACAGUUAGAUGUUGUCAAACCGAGUGAUCCCAUGCUGUCUAGCCAAUCUCUAGGCAAAUCUAAGCUUCAUAAUAAAAUAAUGAAUAUGAUGCCCACUGCACUAUCUUUGAAAUUGGAAGACCAAGGUAAAAUGAGAUUAUCAGAUAAUUCCACAAUGCAAUCUGAGACAAGAAUAUCACCCAUCGGCAAGAGUUCUCCGAGGUCUACCUCAUCCUCUUCUUUUUCAUCAUCCCUGUCUUCCAGUUUGAGCUCCCCACCGGCUGUGUCUGCCUCUUUGAAUGGAGACAUUCCACGUUGUACAGGAAAAAAACAGCGAGAGAUGAGGGCCACCAUCACUGUGACUGUUCAGAAGCCAUUGGAUCUUAAUGGACAUGAUGAGCUUGUGUAUACCGUGGUUGAGGAGGUAACAAUAAAUGGGGCCACUGAGCAAGGAAAGGCACAAAUAUUAAGUAUUCAUGAGUCGCACUCUCUCCAGGCUUUAACGCCAGGAAGUCAGUCUGUCAGGAUUAUCGGCAGCGAAGGUGAAGAUCAAACAGCAAGUUUUUAUAGUUCCAACUUUAAUGCACAAACUUCAGAGCAUGAAGCCUUCACGGCCUCAUCAGAUGCAGCUAUUAAACACACAAAAAUCAAUGCACAUAUUGACAAGGCAGGCGGCUUCAUCGAUUCGAAAAACCUUCCGCAACAUGAUACUUGGUCUGAGGUGCCCCUGACUGAAGAUAUGAAGGAGAUACCUAAAGGAGCCAUGGUUAAACUUGACCCUGCCUGUGAGGUCUCCGAGUCCAGAAAAUAUGCUUGUGAAAUUAAACCUGAGCAAAACUGGUUGUGCCAAAACAACAAGAAAGACGUCAAGGAUGUCCCUCACAUGAAAACAGAACAAAAGAACCCAAAGAGUCCAAGAGAAACUCCUGAGAAGAAACAAUAUACAAAGAAAGACGGUCCUAUAGAAUGGACCAAAGACAAUAUGCCAUCAACGUCAACAAACAGUCCCAAUCUCAAAAGAAAAGAGACGAAAGAAGAAUCUGGAAUAGCCAGAAAUGCAAUGAUAAACAUGGCUACUGAAACUAAGACCAACUCUAAAUCUCAUUUUGAGGAGAGCAGCAAGUUGUUUAAUGCAAAACUGAAAGCAUUAUCCGGCAGGAGCCAAACAUGGGAUCACAGUAAGAGCGGGCGCUCAACGGGAAGCUUGGAAGGUAAUUCUAGCUCAAGACUUAAAAGCAAGUUCCUUGAAGAGACUGCUUUCAUCGAUAUGGCUCCGAAAGGCCUUUUAGAUGAAGAUUACAUUUCAGCACAACCCAGCCCACUAGGUUUUAAAGAAGACUUUGAGGACUUUGUAAGGUGUCGAGCUAGCCAGAGUCUCGGGAGGGUUCCACAGUUCUUCCCCAUGCAUGAUGCCAACGAUCCAACCCGGCCAUCAAAAAACGGCCACUCUAAGACCACAACCGUUAAUAAAUUCAUGCCCAGUUCAAUGAUCCACAAGAUGCCAAACUUGUCUCCCAAACCCACUAGACACUCGAUCAACCGGAGCUCAAGCUUUUCUCCUAAUGGAGCACCUGUCAGCCAAAGCUCCUGGUCAACACACUCUCUAUCCCGAAGUCAAGACAACGGCAGUUUGAAGUCACCCGGUGCAGUCCGGAAAGGUAGAGUUGAGCUUUUAAGAAGCAGUAGAGAUUCUCUUUCUGCUUUUAGUCAAGGUGGGUCUGAUUUAGAUGAAUGUGAGGAACUGGGGACGAUGAAACCUUUCGUUCACACGUUGCCAUCCCCGUAUAGCCGGAUCACAGCUCCACGGACUCCACACCACUGCAGCGGCCAUGCCAGCGAUACCACCAGUGUUCUCAGUGGGGAGCUGCCUCCUGCCAUGUGUAAAACGGCUUUACUCUAUAACAGGAGCAGUAUGGUCAGUAGUGGCUAUGAAAGCAUGCUGAGAGACAGUGAAGCUACAAUCAGCAGCAGUUCAACGCACAACUCCAUCAGCGAUCAGAGCUGCUCGCUCGGUGCUGCUAAAGGCAUGAGAAGUAACAAGAAAAGAACCAACAUAGGGUCCAGUCUAAGACGUCCAUCUCAAGACAACCUCCUGUCACUGAGGAGAUCCGUCAGUGGGCCAAAAACGCACCGGGUGGAUCGGGGUGGUUCUGACUCUUAUGAAAUUAAAGUCUAUGAGAUUGAUAAUGUAAAUGGCGUACAGAAGAGAGGUGGGGCAGGGAACAAGGGUAUAGUCCUCUUUAGUGCAAAGCUGAAAUUCUUGGAGCAUCGACAGCAGAGAAUAGCAGAGGUGAGACUCAGGUAUAAUGCUCUCAGGCGAGAGUUGGAACAUGCCAAGCAUCAUCUGAUGUUGGACCCUGGAAAAUGGACCCGUGAAUUUGACUUAUGGCAAACGUUUGAGGUAGACUCCCUGGAGCACUUAGAGGCUUUGGAGCAAGUCACUCAACGGCUAGAGCGUCAUGUUAACCUCUGUAAAGCACAUGUCUUGAUGGUCACCAGCUUUGACGUGACACCCAAGUGCAGACAAAAGUUACGGCAUCGGCCCACAGUAGAUCACGCAGCGUUCGCAGGAAUAUAGCAUGUCAAGAUUUUACAUGACCACUUUUACCUGUUAUGCAAUAUAUUAAAUGAUAUGCGUGCAAAUAUACGGACAUAGUGAUGGAGAGAAAAAAAAUGACGCAAAAACUGAAAUAUAUAUAUUUUUUCUUUCUUAUGUCCCUUGAGGAGCUCUGUACAAAUCCUCUAACCAUCUCAAAAUCAUCACAUUAUAAGAAAGCUUCCAGUGAUGCUGUUCAGGCUCUACUUGAAAUCUAAUUUGCUGUCAGUGUUUGUGUUGUUAGCUUUAGCACAGAUAAGGCCAAAACAACACAUUGGACUGCAGACUGCUGUCUGAAUUUGUUAACCAAUGUUUUUUUUGUUUUCUUUAAUGUUCAAAUGUUAAUUCUGGGUAGUCAGGGUUCAAGAUUUCCAAUUGCACAUUUGCAAAUCCUGGGUUAACUUUCAUAUUGGCAUAUUUACUAGCUUAACCACAUUUUAACAGCAUAGCCUACUACAGAAUGCAAUGAGCAUGUGACCUGUAAAAUAACUGCUUGUCCAUCUGUAAAAAUGUUCAUUUUAAUGUUUCAUUCUCAAGUAUUUUUUGUUUACGAUGUGCUAUCUAUUGUUAAACAACUCGCUAUAACAUUCUAGCACCUUAUUGUUUCACACAGUAGGUUAUAUAGGCCUACUUUUGGGAUUCUUUUCGCAAGUUUAAACGUAGUAACCCAUAUGCUUAAGCCAAGUUUAAAAGUGGCCUUUAUUUGGGGAUAAAAUUACCUCUGUAAAAGCAACUUUUACUUAGAGUUCUAGUCACCUUCAAGGUUGUAAAGAAGUCAUUUUUAACACCCAGUGUAAAUUUGUUGCACUAAAAGCAAAUGAUUUGCAAGUCACGUUUAUUGUAAAUGCCUUUGAUCCUUAUUGUGUAUGUGCUAAUAAAAGGUUGUUGUUCA